CUCAUGUCAACAUUGCAAAAAAUUGUCUUGGUGCUUCUCGCGGCCAUUGCAUACCGUUCUGGACGUCAAUAUUUAGCAGGCUGUGUCUGCUCCCUAGAGGGACGGCUAGACAAUCGUGUGGCUCUUGUUUUGGCCGCGGACACAGAUAUUGGCAUCGCAACAGUUCGUGGAUUGGCUAGACGCGGUGCCCGUGUUGUCAUGGCUUGUCAAGUUGUAGACUUCUGCAACACCAUGCGACAGCAACUUGUCAGCGAAUUUGCUCACAGCAAAGCUGGUAGCAGUUCACCGGAAAGGAUCGCCGAAUCGAAAAUGCGAGAGGAUACGAUCAAAAGCGUGUCCUCCAUUAAAGCCGAUCAGCUCUACGUCAGGCGUCUACACAUCUCCUCUGCUGCAGAGAUCAAAAAAUUUUGCGAAGCCUUCAUUGCUGAAUUCAAACAGCUCAACAUCCUCAUUGUUAAUGCCGUCUACCUGUCCACAAAACCCGAACGCACUGUGGAAGGUUUUGAGCGCAAUAUGGGAUUGAAUUACUUGGCGAGUUUCCUAAUUACCCAACACCUCUUGCCGCUAUUGGAGAGGUCAGCUAACCCAGACGCUGUUUCGCGUUUGGUGUUUGUCUCCUCUCGACUGCACAACUACGGCGAGUUACCGACAGCUCUAACCACUGCGCGGAUUGAUCCCAAGACCUAUUCGUGGUGGAAGGCCUACUCGUCCAGUCACUUGGCCCUCCUCACUUAUGCCAACUACCUGAACACACACGUGAAUCCCUCCAAAAUUCGCAUUGUCAGUGUUCAUCCAGGAUUUGAAAAUCGACAUUUUAGUAGUGUCCUCCCUGAGCCAUUUGCCUACCUAAUGACAUGGGUGGGCAAAUCCCCUUGGCAAGCCGCUCAAACUACGAUUUUCGUGACUUUGAUGCGGGCCGGUGAACCUGGAGUCUAUUUUGAGGACUGUGAAUCCGUUCCGCCUCAUCCUAAUUCCUUCAACACAGAUGCAGCUGAACAGAUGAUUAAGAUGACACGGAGAAAACUUAAAGUCUACCUUCCUCAAGGCAUUCCAAAGUCCACCAAAAGAGCUUGA